GCGAGCGUGAUGAAUAUUUUUAGCUUGAUAAUAAUAAUAUGUCAAAAGCCAUAACUAAUAAGAUUUCUCCACUCGAAACAUUUGUAAAACAAUCGCUGUAUACACGCUGAAAAUGUGUUCGUGUGAAUGUGUGAUUGUUAAAAAUGACAUUAUAUAUUUUUCGAGGCCAAGUGGCAGACCGCGUAUUGUUGAUUUCACACACUCAUUCGAUCUUCAACACUUCAACUUUCCGGUUCAGCGAUUAUAAAUAUUUAAAUAGGUGCCUGCCUAUUACGGGUGGCUAAAUAAUUUGUUCUUUUCAGCCCAACAUGGAUUUGGUAUCCGGUCAAAACGAAAAAUUGAAAUACCCAAAGUCCAUAUGGUUUAUCGUACUCAAUGAAUUAUGCGAACGAUUUACCUAUUACGGAAUGAGAACUGUCUUGGUUUUGUACCUGACAACAAUAUUGAAGUUUAACGGUGAAGAUUCGACGAUAAUUUAUCACAGUUUCGUAUUUCUGGCGUACUUCAUGCCGUUGCCUGGUGCGAUCCUCGCUGACUCUUAUUGGGGAAAAUUCAAAACGAUCAUGUAUUUGUCAGCGGUGUAUGCACUGGGGAACAUUGUGCUCACCGGUUCUUCGAUGGCAGAUAUGUUUAGCCUCGACGUUCAAAAAAUCAUUGCUUUACUUGGGUUAUUUUUGAUAUCCGUUGGUACGGGGGGCAUAAAACCGUGCGUUUUCACGUUCGGUGGUGAUCAAUUCCGGUUGCCUGAGCAAGAAAAACAGCUGCUACACUACACUACCAAGUUCACGUUCGCAAUCAAUGUUGGAGCAUUGUUCUCAACGUUUCUGACACCCGAGUUAAGACAAAGCGUACAUUGUCUCGGCAGAGACACGUGUUUUCCGUUGGCUUUCGGUGUGCCGGCCGUGCUAAUGUUGACCGCCAUAGUAAUAUUCGUAUCUGGGAAAAACAUGUAUGUGAAGAAGAAACCGGAGCACAACGUCAUUGGCAGGACAUUCGGUUGCAUUUUCUACGCGUUGCGCACGAAGAUGACUUCACGGAUUCCUUGCCAAUCACACUGGCUGGAAAACGCAAAGGGAGUGUACACCGAAACGGAAAUUUCAGAUACGAGGACAGCCCUGGACGUGAUCAGCGUGUUUGUCGCUUAUCCGGUGUUUUGGUCGCUAUAUGAACAACAGGGUUCCCGGUGGACAUUACAGGCCAUGCUUAUGAAUGGCCGUGUGGACUUCUUAGACUGGACAAUCAAACCCGAUCAAAUGCAGACACUAGUGCCAUUGUUCGGACUGACGUUUCUCGUUCUCUUCGACGUCGCCUUAUAUCCGUUGCUCGCCAAGGUCGGCAUCCGGAAACCUUUACAAAAACUCACGUUGAGCGGUGUCUUGGCCGUCAUAGCAUUUGUGAUCGCAGCCAUAUUGCAGUUUAACAUUUUUGGAGACACCGCUGAGAUACCGUCUGGUCAAGGGCGCCUAAACAUUUACAACGGAUUCGAUUGCAAAGUGUUCGUUCGCUCGAGGACGUUACACGUGCAGGAUCACAUAGGUUCGCUGGAAAUGAUCAACGUUACCCAUACAGUCUUGUCACGGGACGACGUGCUCAUCACAUUAGAAUUUGAACCUGAGUGCCCAUUCGUACCAGAGAAAUACGAGUUCGAUACCACCGUGAUGAUAAUCGAAGGAGAGGAAAAUUCUUAUCAUUUGGUCAAUUUAAAUCCAAACACAAUAACAUUAAACCACGUUGGCAUUGGUGACAGCUUGGUUAAAGAAAAAUUUGGAAACCCUAACUUAAGAAUUUUGAUCGACUACACAUUUGAUUUUAACGAUAAUAUUACAUUGACCAGUGCGGAUCAAAACUCGUUCAUCUCGUACCCUCUCUCUCGGUUUCGAGGGAUGAACUUUAAUGCCGUUAAGGUAGGGAAAUAUAAUUUAGUGAGCAACGGAAAAAAAUUGAACAUUUCACCUGUGGACAUAAUACCAGCCACGUUUUAUACACUCACUUUACAACGAAAUGGCGAUAAAAUGGAUGUACGAUUAUUCACCGAGAACGAAGGAAACUAUAUCCACAUUCUGUGGCAGCUACCACAAUAUGUGUGUAUGAUUAUAGCUGACGUCAUAUUCGUGGUCACGACGUUAGAAUUUGCGUUUACGGAGGCACCGAUAAACAUAAAGUCAUUCGUAUCUGCUAUAAGUUUAUUGACGACGGCUUUGGGAAAUCUGUUGGUCGUAAUCAUAUCGACAAUAGCAAUUAAAAAUCAGGCACACGAAUAUCUUCUAUACUCCGGUCUCAUGCUUGCUGACACACUGUUAUUGGCCUAUUUCAGUAUGGUUUAUCGGAGUAAGACUACCGACGAGACUAACGCAAUGGCACAUUCCGAAAACAAAAAGGAAGAAAUUACUGUUUUCGACUGAGUACCAUACAAUACAAUUGUAUUCAAUUAAUCUGACAAUAAGCCCAAACUUGAAGAAUAAAUUAUAUUCAUAUGUAGGACCGCAUUGUUUUAACUUUUAAGGCGAACUGUUAUAUUAAUUGCGCUCUUUGAAACCGAUCAUUGAUUAAUAUAUUAUUAAUUAUUAUUAUAGAAACAAAAAAUAUGAUUACAUAUUAAUAUAUAUAAUAUAUAUAAUGUAUAUAAUAUAUAUAAUGUAUAUAAUAUAUAAUAUUAGAUAUUAUAUAUUAUAUAUUAUACUAAGAUAAUUUUUACAAAUUAUCUUGAUAAUUGUAUUAUAUUUGUAUUAUAUUGAUAGAUUAAUAGUAAUUACUAAAAUUGUCAAAUCAACUAAGCCCCCAAAUCUAUUUAACCCAUUUCCAUAAACAUAUUACCUAUCCUUAAUACACAAAGUUAUAUAACUCAAAAACUACUCGGUUGAAUUUUUAUUUAGAUAUCUACAUUAAAAUUUUCAAAAAAAAUAUAUGCUUAAUAAUUAAAAGUUAAAAGGUGGUUCCUAUAUUUGUUAAACAGAAAUUUAUACUGUCACAGGAUCGUCCUUAAAUGGUACAAAAAUCAAGUACUCAAAAAUAUGGUCACCAUAAGUAUUUAAAAAAUUCCAAAAAUCAGAAUUUGAACAAAUGUAUAAUUUAAGCUGAAAAAUAGAUUGAGUAUGCUUCAAAAAUCACCUUGUAUAUAAUUUUUUUUUUAUUGUAACUACAAUAUUAUGCAUAAUAUAUCAUACUUUUUUCUUUGCUAAUCUAUUUGAAAAUGAUAACUAUAGGUAAAUAAAAUUGUAUUCUAAAAAAAAUAAACAGUUUUAGUUAUAAAUGAUAGGCAAAAGAUCGGUUGGAUUUUGAACAUAGAGACGCUUGCUGCAGUUAUAUACAUAUAUAUUUCAAAAAUGUAGAUUAAUAAAGUAACUAGGUACCUACGAAAGUUUUGAUUCAUUACAUUCGUAUAACCAUGAAAUAUUUUAUUUUUAAGUGCUCUUCACAUUUUAAAUAUGUAUUUUUAUAUUCCAUAUCAGUAUGUUAUCUCUUUAAUGUAGUUAGUUACUAGAACUUCGUCUAGAAUCACUUUUGAUUACAAUCAUAUUAUUAUAUUGCAAAUAACGAACUAGACCGAUACGAGUUUUCAACCUCGCCUAUGGUGUAACAGUUCAACUCACUCAUUGCCAAAGUUAGAUAGAAAUAUUAGUAGGUGUGCAAACUUUAAUAUUUGGGACCUAAAUAUUUUUUUCAAAAAUAUAAUUACUAUGAAUAAAUUAUGACACAAAUGUUGGUUAUAUUAUGAAAAGUAGUGUAUAGUAGCUUUCAACUAUUUAAAAAAAAAUUUAUUAACGUCAUUCUAACAAUUACUUUUACAUUGUUACAAAGUGAAGUGUGAUGCAAAACUUUAUGGCAUAGAUCCGACUUUUUCUACAGAUUUACCAAUUUGUUAAUUUAUUACUAGAAUUAAGAAAAAUGUAUUAAAAACUUUUACACAGUACACAAUUUAUCAUCAUACAAAUCACUUAAUUUAU